CAUUUUUUAUCCAUAAAUGAUACUUUUGUGCACUUCCCGCGAAUAUUUUCUUUUCGCGCCAUGCUCGACACCAGCGAGUACACAACUAUCGAUAUGCGCGGCAUACUCGCAUCUGCGGAGUUGUUGAGCGGCAAUGGUCACAACAACACACACAUUCGCGCUCUCUUAAGAAGGAAAAAAAAGAAAAAGAAAAUUAGAAAUCUAAAAUAUAUUCGAUCGAUGGCAGAACCCCGUCCCGGCGCCUACAACUACAAGACAUUAUUAUGCACGAACAUCCCGGAGCUUUUCCUGGACAAAUAUGUGGCGCGCUCGCACUUCGGCCGCUUUGGGACCCUCGUGAACUUCGUCCUGCGUCCGCGGCGGAUGACCUGCACCGUGAGCUAUGCCAGCGAGGAGCAGGCGGAGCGGGCGCUCCUCGAGGGCGACAGCUUCCAGGGCCAUCAGUUUGAUAUAUCCUAUGCUGAGAACGAGACGGCGCCGGCACAGAAAACGGAGGAGUGGGUGGAUCCCGAUGUGCAGGCGGAGUUGAGUGCACUGCAAUCGGGCUGGCGUAAUGAGUAUGCCUCGGGCAAGCCCCUAAAGCCAUCACUGAGUGGAGCUCCAAUGCUGCCUUCCCUACCAGCUGCGGCUGCAACAGCGGCGGUUAGCGUUAAGAAUCCUCCCGCCACCAGGGAUCGUACGCCUGCCCAGCUCAGGGAUCUGGAGAACGUGAUGCGCAGACCCGCCCACACAAGCGAGGAGAAGUUCCGCGUGCUGGAUGCCCGUGAUAAGCUGCUCCGCAUGAACCGAACGCAACAGAAGCCGGUGGCCGGUGCCACCCAGGGUCACUGCCCCGACAUGUGUCCAGAGAAGGAGCGCGUGCUGAGAGAGUUCCAGCGCCAGGUAGCCGUCUAUGAACUGCAGCCGGGCUCCGAUGAGCUGAUCUGCCACGAAAGAGCGCUGAAACAGUACUCACGCAGCAGUGCCGACCAGGAGACGCCACUGCCGCAUGAACUGCGCAAUGAGACGGCCCUGCACAUGACCAUGAGCUAUCUUAUGCAUGAGAUUAUGGACAUUAGCGAGCGCCAGGAACCGCAAAGCUAUCUGGGUGAUUGGUUUCACUUCGUCUGGGAUCGCACGAGGUCCAUCCGAAAGGAGAUCACCCAGCAGGAGCUGUGCUCGCUGGGCGCCGUCAAGCUGGUGGAGCAGUGCGCCCGGUUUCACAUCCAUUGCGCCGCACGUCUGGUUGCCGCCGAUCCCAGCGUCUUUGACAGCAAGAUCAACGCAGAGAAUCUAACCAAAUGCCUGCAGACCCUGAAGUACAUGUACCACGACCUGCGGUUAAAGGGCGUCCAGUGUCCCAGAGAGGCGGAAUUCCGAGGCUACAUAGUAUUGCUGAAUCUUGCCGACGCCAACUUUCUCUGGGACAUCGGCCAGCUGCCCGCUGAACUGCAGAAUUGCCCCGAAGUGCGUCAGGCCAUUCAGUUCUACUUGGCCCUGCACGACACGAACUUUGUGCGGUUCUUUCAGCUGCUGAUGGACGAGGACACCAGCUACCUAAGUGCCUGCAUCCUAGUCACAUACUUCACGCGACUGCGCGUGCUGGGAUUGCAUCGCUUGAUCCAGGCGUACAGGGCUCCGCGGAAGGAUGAGGUGUCUUCGCUGCCUCUCAGCUACAUCGCCGACCUGCUGAGCUUUGCCAGCGAACAGGAAGCAGUCGAUUUUGUCCAACACUAUGGCCUGGAGCUAAACGAGACGGGCAGAGUUGUGCUGAGCAGAAUGCACACGGUGGAGACGGAGUACAAGCUGCCGCGACAGUAUGAGCUGGUGGAAAUGAAACGCGUGCAGAGCGUGGGCGAAGUUGUUAGUGGGGAACCUUUGCCACCACGAGCCCUCUACCUCAACCACCGGCCGCACAAUAGCUUCAACGAGCAUGGAAUGCUUAAGAGCAUUGCAUGGACGGCCAAGGAUCAGCUGCCUGGCAUGCAGCAAGAGGAUGUGCAGCCACAAAUACCUUCGCAUCCACCAGCAGCGUCAAAACAGAGCGACAAUUUCUUUAAGGUGCCGAUGCAACCCGACGGAACGGCAACAGGGUUUGGAGCUCCUGCCACGGCUGCUGUUGCGCCAGCCUCCACCAUCGAAGCAUUCAGUUUUGUCCUACCCAAAUCACGUGCCCAGGAGCUCCAGGAGCAGGCUGUGGCUGAGCAGCAGCGCCGGGCACAAGAAGAGGCCAAGCAUCAGGCACUCCAAAUAGCCAUUGCCGCUGCAAAGAAGCGAGAAGCUGAGCUCAUGGCCAUUCACGAGGCCAAAGUAGCCGAAGCCGAGCGAAUACGUCAGCAGAAGCUGAGGGAACGCCAGGAGCAGCAGCGUCGUCAGCAGGAGGAGUUGGAGGCGCAACGCCAGCAGGAGCAGGAGAAACUUCAGCUGGAAAAAGAGCGGCAACUAAAACUGGAAGAGCUGCGUCUUUUGCAGCAGCAGGAAAGAGAGGCCCGCAAGAAGACCAAAACUUUGGAGUGCUACCAGGACACAUUCCAGGACAUCCUCGCAGAGGUUUGCAGCCGAGAGUUUAAGUUGCAUGACCAGGCUUGCUGUUCCUACGAAUCCGUGCUGGACUCGCUAACACGUGGUCUCGUCGAGCAGCAGAUGCAGCAAUCCCUCUACGAACUGGGCAUCAUGCGGGUGUACAUAAAGCGAUGGAGAAACUAUCGGCGAGUGCAGCAGCAGAAGGACACGCUAUUUAACCAACUGCCUUUGAGCUUUAGGGCCGAUGAUACCGAUCGAUUGGUCAACGAACGCACCGUGGAGGAUUCACUGCGUCUGAUCAGACGCUAUAGACUUGGCGAGCCCUGCGAUUAUGGCAAACUUCUGGCUGGCCUGGAGGAGCAGAGUUGGCUGAAGCUGGAUCUGUGGCGCGUUUUGGACAAGUGUCUACCGCUGGCGCAACCAGGAGCUCGGCGCUUCUACAAGCUAUUGCUAAGCCUGUCCGGCGGGCAAGAGGGUAUCCAGUUGAACUACGAUUUGGAUAAGGGACUACUGCAGCAGCCACAGUCGCCGGAUGCCCGUUUGGCGGAAGGAGGAUACAUCAGAGGAUUCUCUCAGGGCAUUGGCUUGAGUGUGCUGAAGAUCCGAGACAAUCACCACGACUGGAAAGCCACCGACCUGGCCCAAGCCAAUGGUAUUAUUUGCCUGAUUGGGCUGGAGGACUUCCGCUCUCUAAAGCAGCGCUUGAGACCAUUGCUCCAAGCAAGCCGUUGUCUUGACGUGGCUGUAAUUGUGCAGCAUCCAGCAAAUACAGCCUUUGUGGACCUCGAUAUUCCUCUCCAGGAUCUGUGUCUGCGCUCAUUUAACGUCUUCCGUGUGAGGCACUCUGGAAACACCAGCCAGCGCUUGAUGCAUGCAUUGGAGGCGGCUGUAAAGUAUUUGGCCAAAGCCACAGAAAGGAAACCUUUUGAACACCUUCAACAAGUGGAGACCCGCGAGUUCGUGCUCGGCAACCUGGGUUCGGAACUCUUUCGCCGCCUAAAACACGCCGCGGAGCAGGAUGCGGCCAUCAGAAGGGGCAUUCGGUUGAAUCCACAGUUUUGUGCGGACCUUUUUAACGAGGCAGUGCAGCGCCUGCAAUUGGUGGCCGGCGAGGAUUUGAGCGACUGCCCCCAGUUUCCCGACGAGCUGCGUGUCUUUGUGCAGCCACUGCCCAUCGAAUCAUCAGUGCCCACCAAACGCUUGGAGCACUUUGAGCCCGGUUGGCACCUGCCCGAGCGACGCCAGCGCAUUGUCCAGCUUCUGGAGCGCUGUAAGCUGCCCAAGAUGUCGGAACUGCCGGGGACUUCAUCCCUGGCCGAGGCCCAGUGCCAGUGGGUAUUGGACUAUGCGCAGCUAAGUCAGCAGGAAGACUGCGUGGAACAGAUCGCCCUUCAGGCCAUUCAAAUUCUGCAGUCCAACGCGGAUGGCUACUUGAACUUUGUGGAAUACCUCGCUGGCGAGCGAAUGCUAUACAUACUGGGGCAGGAGAGGAAUCUGCCGCUAGGAGUUGUGUACAAAACGAAAACGCUGAAGAGCCGCUUCCUGGGCGCAUGGUUCUAUGAGUUCCGCGAGCCUCAGACUUACGAGGCCGCUGCCGCCGAGGAGGAUGCCCAGGAGCAGGAGGAGCAGGAGCAGCAGCCGUCACAAGCGGAGGAGCAACAACUGGACUUCAACGAGAUUAUGAGCAAGGCGGAGGCUGUGCUGAACAGGUGCCGCCAGCGUCAGGAAGAUCGCCAUACCCUGCGCGACCUCAACAGGUCACAUAAGACGAGGAAGGGCAAGGUGGCCCCCAAGCAAAAACAUGACGCGGAAAAUAAGCCCAAGCGCAAGCGGCCCAACUAAAAGUAGUCACUUCAUUAGCCAUUAGUUAUAUACAUGUAUGUUAAUUGUAGAUAUUUUAUAUGUGGUCGAGCGCAAUAUUGCCAUUGUAAAAAUAGACAAAGCUAAAUUUUAAAACGCAUUCAUUCUAAGCUCAAAAUCAAGUAAUCUUAAGUGCAACGCUGUGGCGAACGCCAAAAAGAGCGAGAAGUUAGAAAGUAAGAACGUAUACUGCUAGCCCUAAUUUAUAAUGUAAUUUUGAGAGUUUUAUAAUACAUAUGUUUUUGAUCCCCGA